AUGCGCCUCAUCAACGUCAACACGCUUUCUCUAGAUGAAUUCUACGGCGACGACGUGCCCCGGUACGCCAUUGUCUCCCACACAUGGGGUGCCGAGGAGGUGACCUUCCAGGACUGGAGGGAUCACAGGGUCGCGAGGGAGAAGAACGGGUUCCAGAAGAUUGAACUCGCCAGGGCGCAGGCGCUUCGCGACGGCCUGGACUACCUCUGGAUCGACACCUGCUGCAUCAACAAGGAGAGUUCCGCCGAGCUCUCCGAGGCCAUCAACUCCAUGUUCGCCUGGUACGAGUGCUCGAUGAAGUGCUACGCCUACUUGUCCGACAUCGAGCAUGCCGGCGGGGAGCUGGGGAACAGUAGCAACGAAAGCGACAAAUACCAGGUUCUGUCUCGGAGUCGAUGGUUCACUCGCGGAUGGACGCUCCAGGAACUCCUCGCGCCUCGGGAGGUCUUCUUUUUCUCUAGGGAAUGGAGUCCCUUGGGUAACCGCAGGUCGCUAGCCGACGCCAUUCAGAGUAUCACAAACAUCGACUGCCAGUACCUCCACAGGCGGAGCAGGAAACUUCUCUCCGGCGCCAGCGUCGCCGAGCGCAUGUCCUGGCUCUCGUGCCGCAAGACGACGCGGGUCGAGGACAUGGCCUACUGCAUGCUCGGCAUCUUCGACAUCAAUAUGCCGCUCCUCUACGGCGAAGGCGCCAAGUCCUUCACCAGGCUCCAGGAAGAGAUCCUCAAGACCUCGACGGACCAGUCGCUCUUCUGCUGGUCAUGGACCGAGAGCGACCCGGGCUCGUGGGUCAGCAUGCUGGCGCCCUCGCCGCGGAACUUCCGCAACGGCCAGGGCUACCAGCCAGCCAACGACGCGACGAGCCGGCCGGUGCCGUACUCGAUGACGAACUUCGGUCUCUCGAUACAGCUGACCCUGAUCCGGCCGGCCGACAUCCGCAUCUCCAACUUUGGCUUCCGCCCACCGCAGUACAUCGGCGUGCUGGCCGCGAGCACCAAGGACGGCUAUCUUAUUGGCGUGCCGCUGGAAGAGGCCGGCGUCACGGACACGUACCGCGUCAUCCGCGACUUCCCGCGCCCGAUCGCGCUGCAGUGGACCAGCCUCCGCACCCUGAGGGCGGAGAAUCUCAAAGGAGAGGUCCACGACAUCUUCGUCCCCUCAAAGGCGUCUGGGAAGGACCUCGAAGUUGUGCAGGUCAAGCCGUACGACUCGAGCUUCCACCUAGGGGAGUACGCCGUCAUGCUUCUCAUCAUCAACAGCAGGGGCUCCGGGGUGGAGAUCUUCACCCGCAUCGAGGCCAUCCCGAGGUACACGGAUUCGAUGGCGGGUUUCAUCACGAUGAAGAAGUUCAGACUCCCGCGGAACCUAGCCAACAACAGCUCCGCGUCCUCGAACUUUCGCGCGACCGAGGCGCACGGCGCUCUGGUACGCCUCCACUCCAACUCGCUGAGCCAGAAGGACGGGGCCCUGUGUCUGCUGUUCGGCGUGCUAGUCAGCGAGGAGAGGCAGACGAGGUGGAUCUUCCGAUACCUCGAGGGCCUCGCCGAGUCCAAGGCGUCGUUCAACGAGGCGAACCUGGAGAGGUUGCUGAGAGAUGCGUCGACCAACUGGCAAUCGCCGUCGUCGAAAGCGGAGGCGAAGAGCGGUUCCGCCCAGACGACCGAGAGGAGGCGCGUGACGAAGCGGGACAGCAUCACGACGUCGCUGGGGCCGGAGUUCAGGGCUGAGGUCAACGAUCGGAAGACGGUCGCCAAAGCGGCGCAUGUUAUUGUUUCGGGGCUGCCGGCGGGUUUGAGGACGGUCGAGUCAUUGUAA